AGGACACGCGUCACGUGUCACGCGUGGUUUUUUAGCAUGCUUUCUGGACCAAUCGUUGCACUCGUAAUACAAAGAAUAAAUGUUAUAAUUAAGAACAAUCUGUAAGAUGGACGAUGUUGAGCAAGAUUCUCAACUGACGUCGAGCAAUUUGACCACAGAAAUCGAUGUAGAAGGCGAUAUUACAGUUCCUGGUGCACCAGAUAGUGAUGAUGAAUACAGCACACUGGAUGAACCAGUAUCAGAAACAUUGAAAAGAGAUGCAAAAGCAGUUGGGAAGAAAUUUUUUCAUGUCUUGUGGCCUAGGGAGACGAAGACGUUAUUAAGAGAAUGGGACCUCUGGGGACCACUUAUGUUGUGUAUUUUUUUGGCUGUGAUGCUACAAGGUACGCAAAGUUUUAUUUCAAAUGAAGCAGCUGGUGGGCCAGAGUUUGCCGAAGUGUUUGUCAUUGUGUGGAUAGGAGCAUCUUUGGUGACAAUUAAUUCUAAACUUCUUGGAGGAACACUAUCGUUUUUUCAAAGUGUUUGUGUUCUUGGUUAUUGUGUCCUUCCUCUUGACGUGGCAUUGUUGAUUUGUCGAUUAAUACUUUUAGCAAAUCAAACUACCAUUUUAUUUGUCAUUCGAUUUGGUGUAGUGAUGCUGGCAUUUGCAUGGUCAACAUUUGCUUCUGUGAAGUUUUUGGGGGACAGUCAACCAACUCAUAGAAUGGCCUUAGCUGUUUAUCCAAUAUUUUUGUUUUAUUUUGUCAUAAGUUGGUUAGUGAUUUCACAUUAAAGUUAUUUAAAGUGGUAAAA